CUGCACUGCCUGAAGAAAAGCGGAGCCCGAGAAAGCUACCAUCAUGUGUGACGAUGAAGAGACUACCGCACUUGUGUGUGACAAUGGCUCCGGACUUGUAAAAGCUGGGUUCGCUGGAGAUGAUGCUCCAAGAGCAGUGUUUCCAUCUAUUGUUGGACGCCCCCGCCACCAGGGUGUCAUGGUUGGUAUGGGUCAAAAGGACUCCUAUGUAGGUGAUGAAGCACAGAGCAAGAGAGGUAUUCUUACACUAAAGUAUCCAAUUGAACAUGGUAUUAUCACUAACUGGGAUGAUAUGGAGAAGAUUUGGCAUCACACCUUCUACAAUGAACUGCGUGUAGCCCCUGAAGAGCAUCCCACCCUGCUUACUGAGGCUCCACUGAACCCUAAAGCUAACCGUGAAAAGAUGACUCAAAUAAUGUUUGAGACUUUCAACGUCCCAGCUAUGUAUGUUGCAAUCCAGGCAGUGCUUUCUCUAUACGCCUCUGGCCGUACAACUGGGAUUGUGCUCGACUCUGGGGAUGGUGUGACACACAAUGUACCAAUUUAUGAAGGGUAUGCCUUACCCCAUGCCAUCAUGCGCCUUGAUUUGGCUGGCCGUGAUCUUACUGACUACUUAAUGAAAAUUCUGACAGAACGUGGCUACUCUUUUGUCACCACUGCUGAACGUGAAAUUGUUCGUGACAUCAAGGAAAAACUCUGUUAUGUGGCUCUGGACUUUGAGAAUGAAAUGGCCACUGCUGCCUCCUCAUCUUCUCUAGAAAAGAGCUAUGAACUGCCUGAUGGUCAAGUUAUAACCAUUGGAAAUGAACGUUUCCGUUGCCCAGAGACUCUCUUCCAACCAUCAUUUAUUGGUAUGGAAUCUGCUGGUAUUCAUGAAACAACAUACAACAGCAUUAUGAAGUGCGAUAUUGACAUUAGAAAGGAUCUCUAUGCUAAUAAUGUGAUGUCUGGAGGUACCACCAUGUACCCAGGUAUUGCUGACCGUAUGCAGAAGGAGAUUACAGCCCUGGCUCCCAGCACAAUGAAAAUCAAGAUCAUUGCUCCUCCUGAGCGUAAAUAUUCUGUCUGGAUUGGUGGAUCCAUUCUGGCUUCCCUUUCAACUUUCCAGCAGAUGUGGAUUACAAAACAAGAAUAUGAUGAAGCUGGUCCCUCUAUUGUCCACCGUAAAUGCUUCUAAAUAGUUAUGUUGAUCUUUGCACUAAUGACCAGACCUGCAUUAAUGUUCUUCAAUACGGGCUGUUAAAAUACCAAGGCACGAAUGUAAAUUCAUCUGUAACACAUUCUGUCAUUGUUGCCUUAUUGUCAGUGUCACUCAAGAAAUAUAUAAAGUGUACAUAAACUGUAAUUUAUUUCAAGAUGUUUUAUAACUGAAGCACUGAUCUAACAGAAGCAUCAUGAAAAUUUCCAACAAUAAUAAAUUUAUUAUGCCAGUCCCCA